GUCAGAUCAAACUUCGUGAAUCACUCAACAAUGGGGAUCUCCAUGAACGUUAGUUCAAGCUCAACAAAUACCUCACAUUUCCGUGUUCAAAAGGUCUUCCUUCUCUGCAAUUACCUUCUCUUGGGUGCUGCCUCAAGCUGUAUCUUUCUCACCCUCUCCCUCCGCCUCUUGCCGUCGAUUAGCGGCCUCUUCCUCAUCCUCCUCCAUGUUUUCACCAUUGCCGGUUCCAUUUCCGGCUGCAACGCAGCCUCCUCUGGGACUAACCGAUGGUACGCAGCACACAUGGUGUUUACGGUCUUAACGGCUAUAUUUCAAGGGUCUGUUUCAGUACUCAUCUUUACAAGAACAGGAGAUUUCUUACAGGGAUUGAAAUCCUAUGUUAGGGAAGAAGAUGGUAUUGUGAUCUUGAGAAUGGCAGGUGGGCUUUGCAUAUUGAUCUUUUGUCUUGAAUGGAUUGUCUUGAUACUUGCGUUUGUGUUGAGAUAUAAUGCUUUUGUGGAAGGAGAUGGUGUGAAUAGUAAUGCAAUGAAGAGGAGUGCUAAGGUUCAAGAGGAGGAGACGAAAGAUUGGCCAUGGCCAUUCCAAGUUUAGAAGUGCAUGUUGUUUUCUCUGCUCAAGAA